AUGAAUAAAAUGAGAGGGGCCAACUACACUGAGGUCACAGAAUUCAUCCUGGUUGGACUUUCCCAUCAGCCCAAAACUCAAAUCAUUUUUUUCUGUAUGUUGAUCUAUCUUUACCUGGGAACCGUGGUGGGAAAUAUCCUCAUCAUUCUGAUAGUGUGGAAAGAGCCUCGACUUCACACCCCAAUGUAUUUCUUCCUUUGUAAUCUGUCUUUUGUUGACCUUUGUUCCACCACCACCACUGUGCCUCUGGCUCUUGUGAACUGCCUGAGAGACUGCCCCACUAUCACCUACAAUGACUGCUUCGCCCAGAUGACCAUCUCCAUCUUCUGGGCCGUCACUGAGUCCUGCCUACUGGCCGUCAUGGCUUACGAUCGAUUCAUCGCCAUAUCGAACCCCCUGCAUUACACGCUGAUUAUGACAAUGAGGACUUGCUUCCAGAUUGCCGCUACCAUAUGGAUAAGUAACUUCUUGCUGGCCCUACUUCCUGUGGUCAUUGUACCGGUUCGGUUUUGUUCAGGACACAAUGUAGUGAACCAUUUUGUAUGUGAGGUGGAAGCCGUCUUAAAGCUGGUCUGCUCAGACAGCACUGUCAGUGAGAUCCUGAUGUGGACAAUCACAUUCUUCAUCUUCCCCCUCCCCUUUCUGUUUAUCCUCCUGUCUUAUAUCCGGAUUGCGGUGGCCGUCUUGAAAAUUCCCUCCACAACUGGGCGGAGGAAAGCUUUCUCCACCUGUGGAUCGCACCUGACUGUGGUGACCAUCUACUAUGGGACCCUCAUCUCCAUUUAUCUCAAACCUCAGAGCAAAGACAGUAGGGACCAGGACAAAAUCAUCUCUAUAUUUUAUGGAACAGUUAUCCCCAUGAUGAACCCUCUCAUUUAUACACUGAGAAACAAGGAUAUGAUAGAAGCUUUGAGAAAGGCAGUUGGGAAAACCAAGCAAGUAAGUCUCUCAGUGUGA